AUGGCCAAAACAGCACAACUAUCUCAGUUUGACGAAGAGCUGUAUAAAGUGGUUGACGGGGAACCACAGAAUGACAAGUAUCUCAUUGCUACAUCUGAGCAGCCUAUCUCAGCAUUCCACGCGGAUGAAUGGCUGGUGAAUAACGAUGUUCCUAUCAAGUACGCCGGCUACAGCACCUGCUACCGAAGAGAAGCGGGUUCACAUGGAAGAGACGCUUGGGGGAUCUACCGUGUACAUGAGUUCACAAAGGUAGAGCAGUUUCAGUUGACCGACCCGGAGAAGUCAUGGGAAGCAUUUGAUGAGAUGAUAUCCAUCUCAGAACAGUUCUACCAGUCGCUGGGUUUGCCAUACCGAAUAGUUUCCAUCGUCUCUGGGGCCCUGAAUAACGCUGCAGCGAAGAAGCUCGACCUAGAAGCCUGGUUCCCAUUCCAGGGCGAGUACAAGGAGCUUGUGUCUUGCUCAAACUGUACCGAUUACCAGAGCAGAGCCCUCGAAAUUCGGUUUGACGGAAGAUGGGUUCAAGACAUAAUGAUGCAACAAAACGUGUCCCCUACUACCGCCCUUGUUGGGGACGUAAGAAGACUAGGAAUGCGGGAAUUGGGACUUUAUGCUUACGAGAAGCGCAUGCCGUCAUGGCUUGAAACGCUUCUGCGCAAAGAACAAGGGACCUGGAAAGAAGAUGUGGUAAGCCGCUUGCGGCAAUGCCUUCUGAACAGCGAGAGUACAGAAUAUGCGUAUUUCUGCCAUCACGCAACGCGACAGCUAUUCAAGUUGAAAUGGGAAGGCCAAUUUUGCGGUUAUAGGAACAUCCAAAUGCUAGUCUCCCAUAUUGAUGCAACACACGCGCCUGAAAAUCGCCGUUUCAGCACCGGCCCUCCUUCUGUCUUCGCCCUUCAAGAUUGCAUAGAAGAAGCCUGGGAUAAAGGGAUUCGCCCUGAAGGUCGUAUUCAGACUGGCGGGAUUAGAGGAACUAGGAAGUUCAUCGGCACCCCAGAGGUUGAAGCUGUUUUGAAAGGUUUAGGUAUCCCCUAUGCCGUUCACGUCUUCCGCGGGUCUAAGACUAAGGCGGCGCAUGACGAAGUUUUGAACGCAGUCCUCACAUACUUUGAGAGACGCUCUCAAUUCUCACCGCAAGAUCCAAAUUCACUUAGAUGCACUCAGUUGCCGCCUCUCUAUCUCCAAACACCGAAACAUUCGAUGACUAUCGUAGGAGUCGAAAAGUUAAGACAGGGGGGCUAA